UCAUCUCUGUCUUAAAUGAGCGUCCCUCGAUCCUGUUUAAGAAUUUAUCCAAUUUCCUUCUGAACAUUAUGACUGAAUCUGCUCCGAUUACAUUUGCGAUCGUUAAUUCCCUGUGGAACUCUCCUGGCCUUUAUUUUGUUAAUCUAUCCUCCUUAAAUGCGGGUUCAGUCUGGCAGAGCCCCUUCUUAAAUUUAAACCCCCUCCAUCACAUUUCUCUUUCCACCUUUCCAAUCGCGGUUUCUCCAGUUUAGCUCCUGGAUUUCCUGCUUUGUGUUAAACCCAAACAGGAUUCGCCGCCAUUUGCGGUUGGAUUGCGGACAGCCGGCGGUGCAGGAAGCGGAGAGAUUGCGGAGGUCGCGGUUACACCGGGAGAUAGAGGAGGCGCCGCCGGCGGGCGGGGCGGGUUCCGCCUCCACGUCCUCAAAUCCCGGGCCGAUUCCACAGCUUCUACUGGCUUCGGUGCAAGAUGGCAACGAAUAAGGAGCAAACUACGGAGGAUGAGCCACACCUGAAUAACUCACUCAGGUCUCCAGAGUCAGAAGACUUUCCACGCUUGACUGUUCCUUUUGGUGGUGCAAUAAAAGGAGGAAUGAGACCUGGGAAGAAGAUCAUCGUGAUGGGAAUAGUGGACACCAACCCUACAAGCUUUGAAAUUAGCCUGUGCUGUGGAGACUCCGAUGUAUCGCCAGCUGAUGUUGCUAUGGAGCUCCAGGCAAGAUUUCCCGAUCAGCAAUUUGUCAGAAAUGCUUUCGUCUCUGGAGAAUGGGGAGAAGAGGAAACAUCUAUUCCUUACUUCCCCUUCAUCCCAGACCAACCAUUUCGGCUUGAGAUGCACUGCGAAUAUCAACGAUUCCGCAUAUUCAUCGAUGGGCACCAGCUUUUCGAUUUUCACCAUCGUGUCCUAGAUUUAUCAGCAAUUAACGUGAUAAAAAUAUUUGGCGAUUUGCAGCUGACCAAACUUGGUUAACUGCAUUUGGGAUUGUCAGGAGGACCUGUGAUCUUUCUAAUGGGUCAAAGAUUCACCAUCACGCAUGCGUGGCAGUACCAGCUGGGUCUGAGCUGCCUCCAGUGUCAGUCUCCAUUGUUCACUGUAUGAAAGGAAGAAUGGAACUGUUGUUUGGACAUUGGCAAUGUAAAUGAUUCGGGGAAUUGGCCAUUUUAGGGAGCAAUUGAAGGGGGGGGGGGAAGCUUGUGACAGAAAAUAAAAUCCAAUUAGCAACGGUUCUGACACUGCCUGGAUGAUUCGUUCUAGCAGGUUAAUGUAUCUGGAACAUCUACACAAGGGGUGGGGAGGGGGGAGAGGGAAAGGGCAGUGAAUCAAGUAAUUUUUGUGUUGUUUACACCAUACACUCCAGAAUGUGUUUCUGCACUGAAAUGACAGCACAAAUAAUUAACAAAUAUAUAUUUUAAAAUGGGACAUAAAUAGUCAGGGUAUUGUCUAGACUGUAAAUAGUUUUUGUAGAGAGUAACAUGGAUGGCGUGGUUUGUGUUAUAUAUGACACUAGAUACUUAUUUAUAUACAUCAUGCCUUUUAGUCUUAAUGAAUUAUUAACCAUCAGAAUGUUAGUAAAUGAAUGUUUCUGUAAAUUAAAGGUGUAUUUCUUAAAAUUCAUAGCUUAUUAAUAAUUUUAUAGAUUGAAAGCAAUAAAAUUGUAGGCAUUCCAAUCAAUAAAUUGAAUAAUUUAAAAAAGAAAUAAUAUAAUCCAUAAUGCUAUUCAUAAAAUUCUUAAACUGAAAGAUAUCUUCUAGGAAUAUAUGAUUCAAUCGGUUUUAGAUUAAUCUGAUAAACUGCUGUUAUUUAGAACAAUUGGUAUCAACGGGAACUUUUUUCUGCUAAUUAUUGCAACUGACAUAUUUCAUAAAGUAACAUUUUCUGAAUGUAAAAGAAACUAAUUUAAAAGGAAACUAGGUAUCUGACAUUUUACACGUUCAGUAAACAGAGUUGUAUGAAAUUUAUUAUCUGUUGUUCUUGUUUGUCAGUGUAAAGAACAGACAUAGAGAAUUGAUAGCUCCAAUCAGAGUGCUCACUGAUUGUGUUUUAUGGCAAAUGACUUUGUGUCAGAGCAUUGACGUAUUGUAGAAAUUGCGUCAGAAGAUGGCACGUUAAUUUUAUGAGCAUUGCAUUCAGGGUCUUGGCAUGUCUGUCAAUUGGGCAGAAAUAUUUUGGUGUUUUCCACUCAAUCUUCCUGUUUAUGUGUGUUGCUGUGUUUGUCAAAAUCUUUCACAAACUCCUCUGUGUAAUGUGUAUCCACCUCUCUGUACAUUUCACUGCUGCACUGAAGCAGUCUGACAUUUGUUACAUGCAGGGUUGACCUUAAUGAAAGCGACACUUUUUAGUCCCAAUAUAGGGAAUAUCUUGGAAAAGCUGGCUGGCUAUGUGACUGCAUUGUAAUAUGUUGACUCAGUUACAGCAGAAUAUGCUGCUUCAUUAUUACACAGAAUAUCUCGUUAUUUUCCACUUAUCUAAAACUACGAUGUAUCUGGUGGAUACUUUGACAAAUGUAUUGAUUUAUGGAAACCUGUAAUUUAUCAAGCAAAGAUGCCUUUCCGAAUGUAAUGCUGUUAUCAACAUCAGGCAUUUAACUUUGUUAAGAUCAAUCUUGAGUAAAUUAAAAAUAAAUAAUUUGUAA